AUGGGAGGAAAUAUGACGUUGAUUGAGAAGGCAAAGUCUAUUGCCGCGGAGUUUGAGUAUACUCCAGAGCAAGCUAGGGCGGGUGUCAAGGAGUUUCUCCGGUUGAUGGACGUUGGAUUGAGCAACGAUGGCGAAGCUAUGACAAUGAUCCCGACGUACGUUACUAAAGUUCCAAAUGGCACAGAAGAGGGUGUGUACCUUGCUGUUGACCUUGGCGGUACCAAUUUCCGUGUUUGUUCUAUCACUUUGAAGGGUGACACAACUUUCAGCAUCCAGCAAUCGAAGGUUGCCAUUCCUAAGGCUUUGAUGGUCUCUGACUCCAAAUCGCUCUUCUCUUUCCUCGCAAAGAACAUUGCCGAGUUUGUUCAAGAGCAUCAUUCGGACCACUUCGCUGAGGAUGCUACCCACCAUCUCCAUCUCGGGUUCACAUUCUCAUUCCCCGUUGAUCAGAAAGCUGUCAACAAAGGAUACCUGAUCCGUUGGACCAAGGGCUUUGAUAUUCCUGAUGCUAUUGGAAAGGAUGUUUGUGGUCUUCUCCAGGCAGAAAUCGACAUUCUCGGUCUGCCUGUUGUCGUUGCUGCUUUGGUCAAUGAUACCGUAGGAACUUUGAUGGCGCGCUCAUACACCUCCCCCGGAAAGACUGGAACAUUAUUGGGUGCUAUCUUCGGCACUGGUACCAAUGGGGCCUACGUCGAGAAGCUGAGUCGGAUAACAAAGAUGACCAAGCCUGGCGCCAAUGUAGGAGAGUAUGAUAAAUCGACCGGUGAAAUGGUCGUCAACACCGAGUGGGGUAGCUUCGACAAUGCCAUGAAGGUUCUCCCAGAUACCCCCUAUGACCGUGCUCUUGAUAAGAACAGCGUCAACCCUGGUAUCCAGAUGUUUGAGAAGCGUGUUUCCGGUAUGUUCUUGGGUGAGAUUCUCAGAAACGCAGUCUUGGCCUUGAAGGAGAGCCACAAUAUAUUCUCCACGGCCACUAUCAAGACAGAUUCUGCUCUUUACACCCCCUGGUCUCUUGAUACCUCGAUCCUGUCAUACAUUGAGGCCGAUGAAACUCCAAAUUAUUUGGUUACUCGCGAGACUAUCCAGAAGGAGAUGGGUGUUUACGGUACCACCGUCGAGGAAGCUGAAGCAAUCAAGACAAUAGUACAUGCCAUUGGAAAGCGUUCUGCUCGUCUUUCGGCUGUUCCUAUCGCUGCUAUUGUAUUGGCAACCGGCAAACUUGGAAACGCUCCUAAACCAAACACCCAGAGUGCCGAAAGUUCGUCUACGAAAGAUCUCUCUUUCAUCGAGCAGGGUAUCAACGCCAUCGUAACAGCUGUCCUCGGCAAACCGGAUGUUGCACCAUUGGUUGAUGAGCCACCCCCAGCUUCCAUUGGCGAAUCACCUGUGAAGGCUGACAAGGCCAUCUCGGAGGACGAUAUUAUUGAUAUCGGUGUCGACGGCAGUGUAGUCGAAUUUUACCCCGAUUUCGAGGUUCACUUCCGACAAGCUCUCCGAGACAUCCCAGAGGUUGGAGAGGAAGGUGAGAGGAAGAUUAGGAUCGGAGUUGCUAAGGAUGGGUCUGGUGUCGGUGCUGCAUUGAUUGCGCUUGUUGCUUACAAGAUGAUGAACAACAUUGCGUAG